UAGACAUCAAUUUUUCAUUUUUCAUUGUAAAGAAAGUGGCAACACAGAUUUCUUAGAGUGUUGUGUAAAUAAAUGUCUUAAUUCAAAAGCAGCAAGUUUUUAUCUUCCUCGUCUACCUUAUAUUUCUUAUCCUUUUAGGAAGGCUUGUUUAAAAUGGGUUUGUCCUGGAAAUUGCUGAUAAUUGUUGUCAUUGUGAUAGCCGUCCUAUGCCAGUUAGAAGUACCUCAAAACAAAUGGAUUGCUUCCAAAUCUCUCACUCUCAAAGCCUCAGUAGAUGAUACAUAUAAUUUCAUAACUAAUUUGGAUUAUGUUGAUAAGUGGUUCCCUUUUGUAUCACGAAUACGAGAUGCUGAUGGUCGACCCUUAGGUGUGGGUAAAAAAUUAUAUGCAGUUUAUGACAUUCCUUUGUAUGGUGAAUAUCAGAUGUUAUAUCGAGUAACAGAAUUCAAAAAGGGAAAGCUCAUUGUUAUUGAAGGAGACAAUUUUCUCAUGCCCCGAAUUGAAUUUGGUUUUGUGAAACUGAAAGAAGCUCAGAGUAAAUUAACUAUUACCAUUACAUUCCGCAGAACAAGCUAUUUCUUCCAGUAUACAUUUGGACCUCUCUUGUACUUCAUGGAAAAUCAGAAGAUGCAGCAUUCAUUAUUUUUACUGAAAUCGGUUUUUCCGUAUUGAUCAUCAGGAAUGAAGCAUGCAAUUAUCUGAAUUUAUUGAAGUUCACUUUACAUAAUAGAUAAUGCACAAAUGACGUUUGUAGGAAAACAUGCUGUAACAAAUUUUUUAAAGUGAAUUUUUUUUCCUCCUGAUAUAUGAAAAAUAUCUUAUUUUACCAUUUUUAUGGUACAGGUUUGAGUUUAAGCAAAAAAUUCCUUAUAUUAGGUCACAGUACUGUUGUAUAUGUGAUAAGUUGGCAUUUCUCUGUUACUUCAAGAAAUGAAUGUAAAUAUUCUAUACUUAUUAAAAGUCUCUUUAAGUAUCUUAACAAAGAAACAUUUUAAAUUGCAUAGUGUAGUUCUUUUAAUAUAAUCAUUGCAUUUGCUUGGAAUACUACUGAUAUUAUUUUUUAAUUCUCUUUAAAUAAUCCUUCUUAUCCCCCCUUUACACUUUUAUAUUAUAUAAAAUCUUAAAAUUAUCAAAAUAAUGCAGUAUGCAGCUGAUUUUAUUUUUCAAUUUAUUGUUUCUUGAAGCAUUAUUGCAAUUUAGUGAUAUCAUUUUUUAUAACAGUAUUUUUUCCUGUGAGAUAGAAUCAAAAUUUCUAUACAGAUUUUAAUAACUGAUAAAAUUAAAUAUUUCUUUAGCAUUAUUUUAAUGUAAAAAGCCUUGUGUCACCCUUCUUUAGGCACAAAUGAUGCUGCACAUUAUUUCAGAGUGUUGUGUUAUGUAUUUUUAUUAUGCUUACAUGCAUUAUUCAUAUUAGGUAUGUUAUUUAGAACCAUAUUAUGAGUAUUUUAUCAAAAAAGUAUUAAAUUUAUUAAUUUUUUGGUUGAAAGCUGUGAGGUAAGUCUAAAUGAAAAUUCUAAUUACCAGUUAACUGAUCCAAGAAAUAUCAUCUUUAAUUAAAUUAUAUUUUUAAUAAUUAUAACAUAAUAUUAAAUUCUAAUGUAAAUUUUAUAGUUAAUUCUAGUUUUAACUGAUUAGUAUAAAAACCCUUCCCUUUUUUUGGGGGGGGGAGAGGAAUCAUUUUGUAAAGCAUUUGCCAAGAAAUAAAUCAAUAUUCUCAUGCCAAUAUAAUUUUUCUUUUAGUAAUGUUAUUGCGAUUUUCAGAAAAUAUAUCAUCCUAAUUGUGAUAUGAUAUGAUAUAUAUAUUAAAUGUAAAGAACAGUUUUCAGAAAAUUUGUUGAAUGGAAAAAUGACCAAUUUACCUUUUAUAUUUCAUCUUUUGAACAGUAUGAAGACUAAAGUUAACAGCCAGUUUAGAUAUGUUCCUAAUGAAUGAAUUAGUGCAACUUGAAAAUGUGCCAUGUGGUAACAAAUUGUAAAAUAGGGGUGAAGUGACAGCCAGUCUGUGUACUUCUGAUACAAAAAAUGCUUGAAAAUACGCGAUUUGAGAAUAUGCCAUGUGGUAAUAGCAAAAUGUAAUAUUUUGUAAUGAUUAAAAACAUGUCUUUCAGACAUUUUAAGUAUUACAGGUGCAAAUUAUAUUAAACAGUGCUUGAAUUAAUUCAUUAGCACAUGUGCUGUUAGUUUGGAUAUUCAUAUGCUCGGUAUUAAAAUAUUAUUUGAACUAUCUUUCUUUUAAUGAUUUGUGGUUGACUUUCUUGGAUCUCACAGAAUUGAUAUUAAUUCAGAUUACUAACGUAAGUUAAAUUUAUAAAGACUAUUCCUCCCAAUCUUUUUUGAUAUAAAUAGUAGCUUUCAGUUUUCCCUGUAAAUGCAACUUUUGGAUGUAAAAUGACUGAAACUUCAAUAUUUUUUUCUGUCCAAUUUAAGGUAUAUUAAUUGCACUUUGCUCAUCUUAAAUUAAAAUUUUCAAUAUUUUUGCAAAAAGUUUAUUCAUAACUUAAUAUAUUUUAAUAAGGAAAUUUUGAUUAUAGUAAUUAAUUUCUUUCUUCUUGAAAUGCUUUGCCCAAACAAUUUUUCAUGUAAACUGCAUUAUUACAUGGCAUUUCAUCUGAGCUGUUUAUGAAGACAGUAUUGUUCUUAUUGAACAAUACAUGCAGCAUUAUGGUCAGAAAUUUUUAUAAUAUUUGAUCACUUUUAAAUGUGAUAAUAUGUGAUUCUGUUAGAUAUGUACAAAUAUAUAUAGUUUACAUUUUGUUUUCUUUAGAAUAAAGAUUUUAGUUAAACAUAAAAAUUUUAACUGAUAAGUAUGUUUUGCAUGAUUGUACAAAUAGUACUAACAUACUAAUAUUUCAUACAUUUAAAAUAAAAUUUAGCAUGCAACUAUCAUGAUGUAUUUUGAAGAAAUAGUUAUUACUUUUUGUCAUGACUUGAGUUUUUAUUUGUAUUUUGCUCAAACUUGUUGGAAGUUGUAUAAUUGUUUUGUAGUGUGAUAUGUUAUUUUGGAUUAUGUAAAGUAGAAAUAUUGCAUAUUCAGAAAUACAUGAUUUUUGAAAUUUUCCUUUGCUUAAAUCAUAUGCACACAGUAUUUUAUGCAUCUAUUUGCUGCAAUUAAACAUAGCAUUUUAAACAUGCAGUUGUUUUUCUAGUUUGCCAUGUUUAAAAUAAUGAUUUGUUUUUUUAAGUGCAAUGGGUAAUCUAUCAGGUAUAAAAAUAAUAAAAUGAAAAUUGUAUCAUUUAAUCUAUGUAAGCCAUCUAUGACUUAGUUCACUUUAGGUUUGCAUUAAAAUAGGUAUUUUUUCUGUUGAAUUCAUGUGAAUUCAUAUUACUAAUAUAUUUCAUUUCUACUUAAAAUCAUUACUGUGUAAAAAAAAAUGUUGAUUUUAUAUGAUGCGGUCUUUUGUUUACCAUAUUAUUGUUAAUAUUUCAUUUGUAAAGUUUGGUGUUUUUGUAUGUUUUACUGUUAUAUCAACUGUUAAAAACUGAAGUUACAUUACUGUUAAAAACUGAAGUAUCAAAAGUCUUGGAUUUUUAGUGUUCUGUUAUUUAUGUAGCGAAAUGGAAAAUGUUUAUUAAAGUUGAUUGAAUGCUGGCUUAAA